GAGUUCAUUCACAGUUCCAGCCACAGGCACAGCUGAUGGUCUGUGUGUCAGGAGCGCAUGAGCCUCUGCACUUUGGGUCAGCUCAGAACUUUCCUGGUGUCCCUGGGACAUCCCUGGAAGAGUUAUCCCAAAACACACCCCUCUGGAGAUGUGAUCGUGGUACAGCCCAGAGAAUUCCACGUUAAGAAGCCGAGGGAUCAUUGUUUGCAGGAGCCACUUUGGAGUUCGAGGUGCCCCAGCAGCGUCUGACCCCAGCCAGGCAUCCUUUACAGUUAUUCCAAAGAAAGGGGCCAGACUGAGAAAGUGUGAUUUGAUCUCUGCUCAUAUAAUUCCAUUUGCCAUCCUGUCUCUGAUCUUCCAUUAUAUUGUCAGUUCUCUCCGUGGAUUCUUUCACUGUGAAAUUCAAGGCAAGGAAGGGGAGAUACAUCUCUAAUUCCAACCUGUAUCCAGAAGGAAGAGGGAAGGAACUGACACACAGGACCUUUCCAAGCAGGACCAGGGAGUGGUGUCAGCUAUGGACUUUGAAGAGCCUUCAUGGUUUGUCCAAUGUUGAUCUUAUCUAGACAGAAGAUGUCCUCAUCCGUGCAGCUCUUCCGAGAUCAGAGGUACCAGGAGCUGAAGGGGCAGUGCCUCCAGCAGGGGAUCCUCUUUGAGGACCCUGAGUUUCCAGCCUCGGAUGAAUCCCUGUACUACGACUCAGCAGCACAAGGGAAAGUGGAAUGGAAGCGGCCAAAGGACCUCUGUGAAGACCCCUACCUCCUCGUGGAUGGAAUGAGCUCCCACGACUUCCACCAGGGCAAGCUGGGGAACUGCUGGUUUGUGGCUGCAUGCUCCUGCCUGGCUUUGAGGAAAAGCCUCUGGCAGCAGGUGAUUCCAGACUACAGUGAGCAGGAGUGGAACCCCAAAAGCCCAAGGAAAUACGCUGGGAUUUUCCGUUUCCGCUUCUGGCGCUUUGGAGAGUGGACAGAGGUGGUGGUGGAUGAUCAGCUGCCUACAGAGGAUGGGGAGCUCAUCUACUGCCACUCCAACGUGAGAAAUGAAUUCUGGAGUGCUUUGCUGGAGAAAGCUUAUGCUAAGCUGGCUGGAUCCUACCAAGCCCUGGAUGGAGGCUGUGCUGCAGAAGCCCUGGUGGAUUUCACUGGAGCAGUGGCAGAAUCCAUCAACUUGGAAGAGGGCAAAUAUGGUGAGGUUAUUUCUGAGCAGAUGAAGCUGUUUGAAGACUUGAUGAAAGUGCAUAAAAGAGGAGGGUUCAUCAGCUGCUCCAUUUCGGAGUCCCCAGGGCGGCCCAGUGAAGCAGAGACGGGGAUGGGGCUGAUCGUGGGCCAUGCCUACUCCGUGACUGCCAUCAGGAAGCUGCGCCUCGGGGAGAGCCUGGUGUUCUCCUUCAAGGCAGAAAAGCUGUUCAUGAUCAGGCUGAGGAAUCCCUGGGGCAAGAAAGAAUGGCACGGUGCUUGGAGUGACAGUUCUGAAGAGUGGAAGAAAGUCAGCGAUUCUGAGCGCAAGAGUUUGGGGCUCACUGUUGGGAAUGAUGGAGAGUUCUGGAUGACGUUUGAGGACUGGUGUAAGAAUUUCACAGAUGUGGACAUCUGCAGGACUGUGAACACCUCCUGCUUCAGCCUCCACAAGACCUGGGAGAAGGAAAUGAUGUAUGGGGCUUGGACAAAGCAUCCAGAGCCCCUGCUGAACCGAUCUGGGGGCUGCUUUGAUAACAGAGAGACCUUCCUGCAGAACCCCCAGUACCUCUUUGAUGUGAAGAAGGCCCAGGACAAAGUGCUGGUGUCCUUACAGCAGGAGGAUCGCCGCAAGUACAAGAAGGAAGGGAAAGGAGACAACAUCACAAUUGGCUUUGAAAUCCUCAAGGUGGAGGACAACAGGAGGUACAGGCUGCACAAGCUCACGGUGCAGGAGAGAGUGGCCACGUCUCCCUACUCCAACACACGCAGCGUGUUCCUGAGGAGGACCCUGCAGCAAGGCCGCUACGUCCUGGUCCCAACCACCUACAUCCCAGGUGUCCCCACAAAAUUCAUCCUCAGGCUCUACACAGAUGUGCCCUCAAAACUCAGGGAGCUGAAGGCAGACAGGCCUAAAAUGACAUGUUGGAGUCUUCUUUGUGGCUACCCACGCAGAGUGACCCAAAUCAAAGUCCACUCUGCAGAGGGUUUGCAGAAACAAGACAGAUCAGGAGGAGCAGAUCCCUAUGUGCUCAUCAAGUGUGAGAACCAAAGCCGGCGCUCCCCGGUGCAGCACGACACCACCAGCCCCGUGUUCAACACCCAGGUGAUCUUCUACAGGAAGGACAUCGACAGUCCUGUCACCAUCCAGGUGUGGAACAGCAACCUCCUGAGAGACCAGCUCCUGGGGCAGGCGGUGCUGGCAGCGUCCCCCGGUGAGCCCCGCGAGCAGCAGAGGCUGAAGCUGCGGGGCAGGGGCGGCGGGGAGGCGGCCGAGGUGCCGGGUCACAUCAGCGUCACCGUGCUGUGCAGCGAUGACCUCGGCGAGCUCUGAGCGCCGCGGAGCCAGACGGAGCUGUCGCCUCUCGGCAGCGCAGGGAGCACAUCAGCAUAAUCGCUUUAAAGGGGGGAAACCCAGGCUCUCCGUUGGGAAAGGGGGAAAUGCAUAUUAAUCAUUAUCUAUGCUCGGGAUACAGCUCAUGCAGUAGGAGAGUGUCGCAAUAGGACACGAAAUAAAACGACGCGGAUGCUGGAACUGCUAGGGAAGAAGAAGGGUGGUUUAUUUCUUGACUCUAACAUUUAUAGACUUUUAAAAGUGACAGUGGAUUGGAGGAUGAAAGUGCCACUUCUCCAAUGACGCUGGACAAACCAACAGACUAUCAAAUCUCUCCUCCUCCAGAGAGGAAUGUAAAACCAAUAAUUAUUUACAUCAAAGCGUGUGAGAAACUCCAUUACAAGAAUGUAAACAUCGGAAGGCUUAGAAGAACAGGGUGACAGGAGAGGGGCCAAAUGGAAUGCUGGCAGGUAAGCUUGUGAGGAUGCAAGCAUCCUUGAGGAUGCAGGCAGCACUGCAUCCUUGAGGAUGCAGCUUGGAGACUAGCAAAUACAAGGGGGAUUCAUGGGGAUUUUUUUUUUUCCAUAUCCUUCCCAUAGAAGGAUAUGCAUUUAUACAUUUAUUGAUGAAUUUCACUACAGAUUAGGUGUUUCUGUUCCUUGCUGAAAAUGUCACUACUCCUACUCGAGCUCAGUCAUAGCUCAUGGCCUUAAGACCAGUCUUGCCACGACAACAUUAAAAUAGAGGGGCAGAUCUUCCAGUGCCUGUUUGAACACCACAGCAAAGAAGAGCUUUGUCCACCCAAGGGCUCUGAGACUGACUUUCUGAUUGUUCUCUCCUCCACCUCGAGCUGGUGACUCACAGUUUGGUAUCUCUGUCCAAGGGCACCUCACAGUUCAGCUGUGGCUUUGUUCAGAGCACAGCUUCAGUAAUGGGAAUGGUUUGUUUAAGCCACAUAAUGCUAAAAAUGGGGUAACAGCCCUCUUGUUUUGGUAGAUGUAGCACCAGCCCGAAAGAGGAGAAAGUGAGCUCAUGAGAAAGAUGGGUUUGUAAAAGCAGGGUGCUCUUCCCUGGCACUUGUCAGGUCUCACUCUUAAAAUUUUGCAGUCAUUUAUUGCUGGCACGGCUGAUGUUUGAUGGAUUUUCUCUCGGGUACCAUGGAGGACGGGUGUUAUUUCACAUUUCUCUCACAGUGGGGGUCUGGUGCCAGCUCUCCCCUUCCCCUGCAGCCCUGGGCUGGGUUCCCUCAGCAGCUGUCUGGGGUGGGCAUGCUGGGCAGUGACCCUGGCAGUGCACGGGGCUCUGUGCCAGACACUCGGAAAUGGAUUUUACACAGCUGCAGAUUCUGGGUGGGAAAGUGAAGCUGAAGGACCAUUCUGCCUUUUUACAGCCAGGAAAUUUGGAUUUCUGUGUGCCUCGUAGCCACUUCAGCCACACUGUGCGAUUUUUACAGUUUAUGAAAUGGCCCUUGACAGAGCUAAUGUUUUCACAAAAGGUCUCCUCAGGGCUCCAAAAGGAUCAUUGCUGGGGUAGGAAAAUGCUUUCUCUGACAUGCCAGAGAUGGUCUGUGGGGCUGUGAAUGCCAUCAGCUUGCACGUACCAAGGGACAAAAUCCAGCUCUUUUCAGACAGUUUGGGCUCAGGCCCUUUGGCACAGCAGAGAUCUUGUCAGAGGUGUGAACUACAGGCCCCACAGGCAAGUGACAAUCUCUGGAAGCUCAUGGCUUCAGGGCUGCUUUCUCCAGAAAUGUUUGUAAACUGAGAUUUCUCUCUUUAAAAGCAUAAAGUGUCUCAUGCAGACCAGAGCUUGGACGAGGGCAACUGCCAAUGUCAGGGCUGCCCUAGUCCUGCACUGAGAGCUGUUUGCUUUGCUUUUCCUCACACUCUGCUCCAGGCUGUGGGAGCUGCUUCCUGCAGUGUUCCCUGUGGGAUGGGGCCAUUCCCAGGGCUUGGCUUGGCCAAGGGUCAGUGUUCAGCCUGAAAAAUGUUCCACACCGAGAUGGCACCAGAGGUUUGUGCCUCCCUGCCCCACGCUUUGGCUGAGAAAGCUCCUGAGCCCACGGAGGGCACAAAGCCAGCUCAGCCCCAAGCUGGAGGGGAGUGCCUUGGCUCUUUCCUUGCAGCCACACAGCCCUGGCCUCCAGUCCCAGCACCACGAGCCUGUUCCAGCCUCUGUACAGGGUUGUCCCCAGCAUCAGUGGGACACAGGGAGUGUGACCAGCAGUUCUGGGGCAUGUACAGCCUGGCAAAGUGGGAACUCAGGGUGGGGGGCACAGACAUGGUGACUUCUAGGCCUUGAUCACUGUGCCAGCUCCAGACAUUCCCCCAGUUUGUCCCCAUGGCAUGGGGACAGGCACUGCUGGCCAGUGCUGCCCUGAGGGACUGGCAGUGCUGGGAGCUGCAGGAGGCUCAGCAGGAUGCCUGGACCUCUGCACUGAUUAUUUUUGGGAACUGUUUGGUUUUCCCAUCAGGAAGAGCUGAUCCAGCCUGGGAACACAGCUGGCUCUGCUGGUUUACAGAUGCCUCUGCCUUCCCAGGUGAAGCCAGGCAAGGGCAGGCUGACAGGAGCUUCUGCUGCUGCCUGCUUCCAACAUCGGUACUUAGAAUUGUUCAUUUUUUAACAAUAUCAAUAUGUGAGAAAACAUCUUGGGGUUGUUUUUUGGGAGGGGAGAAGGGCUGCAUUUAUGUACACACUCGAGCCACCUCAAAAAUGAAAACAGGUGGAAAUGGGUGUAAAAUAUUUCAUCGCAACAUUUUGUAACUUUUCAAUAUGAAGUGUAAAAUAAAAUUUUACCAAAAAUUUCAA